GGAUAUGUUUAUUCAUUCGAUUGUGUUCUUUGGCGAGCGAGACGGAUCGCGCGCGAAUUAUUACGGUCACAGUCUUAACAUAAACUAUACGAUUUGUACUAUUAAGUUCGGACUUUAGAAUGUGCGGUCGUUCGAUUAUGUGUGAUGUUAAAUGGCAUAAUUCUGUUUGAAAUUGUGAUGGACAUAUAAAUACCCUUAAGAAAUAGAAGAAGUUCAUCGCCAGGCAGUAUUAAUAUAUUACAAACACAACAUUAUGGAGAAAUCAACUGAAAACUCUGGGAAAACUCUACCUCCAUCUAGUUCGGAAAAGGAAAAAGCAACUUCGUUAUCAAGUGAAAAACUUCCUCGAAAGAAACAUCCAUCUCCAGUGAAUUCCAUGGAGAAUACAAUGACAUUAUCCACUAAAAGAUCGACGGAUAAACUGAUCUGCAAAUCUCCAAAGGAAUCCCCAAGUUGUUCAAUCGCUGACAAAACAUCAGCAGCUAUCUUUACCUCAAAUCGAGUUUUGAUGGUAUUGGGAGUAGUUCAAUUCAUACUAGGAUUCCUUAUGGUGCUGUUUGGAAUGUAUGUCAUAGUGUACAAAGCCAGUUUAAGUCAGAUCGGUGGUGGUAUAUGGGGAGGUAUAAUAGCUAUGAUUACAGGAGUAGCAGGAGCCCUAGCAGCAGCGAAAAAUAUGUGUCCAUUCAAGUCAACGGCUGAGAAAAUUGCACAAACAACUUUCCUAGCUCUAAGCUUAAUAAGCGUAGCUGUAAGUCAGUUAAUUGUAGUUAUAGCAGCUACUGGUUUAGCUAGAGACGUUAACAGUAGAAAUUUUCAAGAGGCCAUGGAGAAGACAGAUGGCAUGUCAAGUUUUGAAAAAUUCUCUAUGGAGAUUUCACAAAACCACAAGGGAAUCAUGUACAAUAUUACCCUUGUAAUAAUCUCAAGUUUAGAAUGCAUGGUUGCUGUUAUAGCGUCGUACAACAGUUCAAGAGAACUUUGUCCAUGUUUCAGAAGAAAUGAAGAUUAUUAUCAAGAUAAUCUCAACAUGCAUAGAAGCCACGCUAUCGUAUCUUCAUGGUUGAUGGGUAAACACGGAACAUCAGCUGCUCCUCAAAUCUAUGUUGUUGCUGGUCCGCCUUCCAGUUUAGGAAGAGGUAGCAACCUAUCAAGUAACCUACCUAUGCCAGUUUAUGCGUUUCAGACUCCGCUAGCACAGCCCCAAAUAGUACCAUAUCCAUUAAUACCAGCACCCUUAGGUUCAGUACCCUCUCCAAUAAUUAUGCCACCGAGAAAAAUAAACAAAAUUCAAAAAGUCUAUAAGUCCAGGUCAAAAACAAAAUCGAGAAGUCGUGACCCAACUCCAAGACGGUCCAGAUCCAAGUCCCAAUCAAAGGAGCGAAAACUAACCGAAGAAGAAGUAGUUCAAACAUACACUGGAUUAGACAGAACCAUAGCUGAAGAAUUUAUUGAUAUAUGUGAAAUGAAACAUGCCAGUUUAUGCAGCGACGGUAGCUCUGAUGACAGCAAUUGUCGAAGUCCUAUCAGCUUAUCAACAGGUUGUCGUACCAACAGUGACACUAAUUCACAGGACUGUCUCGUUAAGAAAUAACCUCGAAUUGUUAUUUCGAAUACAUCACUGACUAUAUCCUU